AUGGGUCUCUGCCUCAGCAAGAAGCAGCAGCGGCGGCAAGAGGAGCAGCCGCGCAAUGCGGCCAAGAGGAGCGGCAAGGACGCCGCCCCGCUAGCCACGGAGGAGAAGAGGGCGCCGACGACGGCCAAGCCGGCGCCGUCCAGGAAGGCCACUGCGCCCAGGGCGGAGGAGCCGGCGGCGGACAAGCGGACGGUGUUCGUGGUCAAGGCUGCGGCCGCCGCCGCGGCUGCCGAGGUGGCGAGCGGCGGGGAGAGCGACGGGGUGAAGAGGGCGCCCCCCGCUCCGGCCGCACCGGUCGAGGAGGCAGCGAAGCCGGCGGUCGUUAGCAGGGUGCCGGUGCGGACCUCCAGCUGCACCAAGGAGGAGGUGGACGCGAUUCUGAUCCAGUGCGGCCGGCUCAGCCGGAGCUCGUCGGCGUCGGGGAAGGCGGCUGCAUCGGGCGAGAGCGGCGGGGGCCAUAGGAGGUACUCUGGAUCUAAGAGGAGCUACGACUUCGACCUGGAGAGGAGGGCUGGGGGCGUCGACGACGAGUGCGACUGGGACAGGCUGGGCGGAGGCGCCGCCGCGUCGAGGCCCUCGCCGCGCCGGAGGACGCCGGACCGUAAGCGGUCGGCCAGCCACGAGAGCCGAAGCGGUGCCGGGAGCGGGAGCAGGAGAGUGAGCCGCUCGCCCGGACGGCGCGGCGAGGGUGCAACCGCGGCGGCGAGCUCCGUGGGCGUCGAGCGGUUUGCGCGGCAGCCCGGGAAGUUGGUGUCGGUCCCGGCCCGAGAGAAAGGGCGCGCGCCGUCGCCGGUGAAGGCUGCGCCGUCUGGGAAGAGGUACGCGUCGCCAACCCUGAGGUCCAACUCCCCCGCAAGGGCGGUGGCCGUCGCGAAUGAGAACGCCGGGGUGCAACCGACGCACGGGCCGUCGCUGAGCCGAAGCUCGUCGAGGAAGGCCGAUAACUCGCCGUACCGUCGCAACCCCAUGUCGGAGCUCGACGAGAACGCACUGGCCAACAACCACCACACCACCAACAACGGCAAGCCCCAAAAUCAAAAGAAACCCAUCGAGAGUGUCGCCGCCGUUUCACAGAGGUUGGGGGAGCGCUGCCAGACUGCGAAGGACAAGACGGAGAUCACGGAGGAGGCCGUGGCGCCGGACACCAAGGCACCGUCCGCGAGGAUGAACGCGACGCACACGGUGAGCAUUGUGGCCGAGAGCGUCGUCAACAACACGAGGGCGGGGCCUGGGUGCCGGUCGUCGCGGCGGUCCUCGCGGGACUUCGACCACAGCGGCAGUUCUUUCGCCUUCGUGGAGGAUUCCGUUGCGCCAGACACCAGAGCGCCGUCUUCCAAGAUCAACGCGACGCACUCGGUGAACAUUGUGGCCGAGAGCGUCGGGAGCACAAAGGCGGGGCGGUCGUCGAGGAGGUCGUCCCGAGACUUCGACCACGCCUUCCUGAAUGAGGCCAUGGCGUCGGAGACAAAAGCACCGUCGUCCAGGAUGAACGCGACGCACACGGUGAGCAUCGUGUCGGAGAGCGUUGCCAGCCAGAAAGCCGGGCCGGCAGGCCGGUCGUCGAGGCGGUCAUCCCGCGACUUCGAUCACAACGGCAACUCCUAUGCCUCCCUGCUCCUCGAAGACAUCCAGAGCUAUCACCAGCAGAACGCCAGCGACACGGCCGUGGCGGCGCCGGCGUUCUCGCUCCCGGCGUGCGUGUCCAAAGCCUGCUCCAUCCUUGAAGCGGUCGCGGACCUCAACUCCUCGCCGUCGGAGAACAGGAGCUUUGAGCUGGACCGGUCGGCCGACGACAAGGGGUCGGCCAACGUGAGCUGCUACAGCGCCGGGAAGGCGGCGGCGGCGGGCACGCACGUCGUCGAGUCCGAGGUCGUUGUCAAGGACGACCUCAUGGAGCCGAGCCUGCACAAGUACGUGUCCGUGCGGGACAUCCGCGGCGAGGCCGAGCUGCAGGAGUCCGCCGGGAGCAACAGCUUCGCCGGCAACCCGUGGACGUGCUCGUGGGAGCCCAAUUCCGUCGACUCCACCGACCGGACGUGGACGGCCUCGCAGUCCAACAGCGACGAUGCCGAGCAGCGCAGCGGCGGCACGGUCGGCACACUCGAACAGUCUUGGCAGAGCAAGCAGGAGUCCGGUGGCCGUGCGUGGUUGGGCUCUGACGGCAGUGCUCAGCUCGGGCGCGGUGCUCAUCGGGGCGGCGGCGGCGUCGCGCGAUCCGAUGUUCGUACUGCAUCAGCGAACUCUUCUAGCGCUUAG